AUGGGUGUCUAUACAGUUUCCAGCGUGGAAAAUUUACGAAUUUGCGUAGUAAUGGUGGGACUGCCAGCCAGAGGCAAGUCAUUUAUCUCUCAAAAAAUUGUUCGCUAUCUAUCAUGGUUAUCAAUUAAGGCAAAAUGCUUCAAUGUAGGAAGCUAUAGGCGUCAAAUAGGUGCAGCCCAUCCAAGCGCGGACUUCUUCGACUUUAAGAAUGAGGAAGCAUUUCGAAUCAGAGAGAAUGCGGUCACCCAGGCUGUUGAAGAUAUGAUGAAAUGGUACGAAGACGAUAAUGGAGUGGUGGGCAUAUUGGAUGCCACCAAUACAACCCGUUCUAGACGAGAUUGGAUUUUAAAGCUCUGUAGAGAAAAUGCUAUUGAACCUAUGUUUCUGGAAAGCUGGUGCGACGAUCAAGAGAUGAUCCUAAGAAAUAUUAGUGAUGUAAAGACGUGCUCACCGGACUAUGAAGGGGUAGAUCCGGAGAAGGCAACAAGUGAUUUUUUGCAAAGAAUUGGGAAAUACGAAAAAGUAUACCAGCCGCUUGAUCUUGAUCAUGACAAGAAUUUAACGUUUGUAAAACUGGUGAAUGUUGCUCAAGAGGUCAUAGUCAAUCAGAUACAAACCUAUUUGGAAAGUAGGAUUGUAUUCUACGUGAUGAAUCUGCAUAUUAGACCGCGAUUCAUUUGGCUAUCCAGACACGGUGAAUCUAUCUACAAUGUUGAGAAGAAAAUAGGGGGGGACUCUUCGCUAUCACCAAGAGGAAUGCAGUAUGCUGCUAAAUUACCGGAACUGGUAAGAGAAAGUGCAGGUGAUGCAGAUUUAACAGUAUGGACCUCAACAUUGUGUAGAACUCAACAAAGUGCUCAGUAUUUGCCAUAUAAGCAGUUACAGUGGAAGGCAUUAGAUGAAUUGGAUGCCGGAGUAUGUGAUGGGAUGACCUAUGAGGAAAUCGAAGAAAAGUACCCUGAAGAUUUCAAAGCUAGAGACGAAGAUAAGUAUGAAUAUAGGUAUCCUGGUGGUGAAUCAUAUAGGGAUGUAGUCAUAAGGUUGGAACCCAUUAUUAUGGAGCUAGAACGUCAGGAAAAUAUUCUGAUAGUAACCCAUCAAGCUGUUCUUCGAUGCAUAUACGCCUAUUUCAUGAAUGUUCCCCAAGAAGAAUCUCCCUGGAUGUCCAUUCCAUUGCACACAUUAAUCAGACUAGAACCAAGGGCUUACGGUACCGAAGUGAAAAGAAUAAAGGCAAAUAUCCCUGCAGUAAGCACCUAUAAAGAAAAGGGGACAAGUCAGUUGGGGGAGUCGGUUAAUGAUGCAACAAAGUACCGUAAUCUCCUAACUGGUGAAGGUGGCAAUUGA